AUGGGGUUAGCUCCACCAGGCUCUGACAUGGAAGAGCUCCUGGAGACUCCCGAGCGCAGCCGCAUGUCCUUCUCCGCGCGUGUGGCGAUGGUAUUGGCCGGAGUGGGUCUAGCAGCCCUGGCCCUGCUGUCCCUAAGAGGCUCCACUGGCCUUCGCAGCAAGAUGAGCGGUUUCCCCAGUUUAGAUGAGACUUGCUUGGAGAAGGGGAUGUUCUAUGCUAACCCCCACAAGAUGGAUCUCACGGAGAGGACUGUAGAAAGUUCGCCCUCAGCUUGCCAGCAGCGAUGCCGCGACAUAAUGAGCUGCACCCACUUCACCUAUUGGCCAGAUGGUGGUUGCUUGGUAACUGAUGACUCCUCGGUCGCAAAGGCUGCCCCAUAUCAGUACUCCGACGUCGUUUCGGGCCCAUCUUACUGCGGAGGACGGCCACAGGCAGCUGUUGGUUCAGAUGUUUUCUCAGGCAGCGAGACUCCUGACGUCGUGGCCCCUCCUCCGGGCGUGAAUGGCACCACUUGCGCCGCAUAUCCUGCUUGUGUGGCCGUGGGGAUCAGCCAGGGUAACUGUUGUCCCAAUGAUGACAAGGUCGCCCUGGGCUGCUGCAAGGGUUUUCAGCUUCCGAUGGCCAAAGCCAUACCGAUCACCAUUGGAGCUGAGUGUACUCUCUUUCCUGGCUGCGCCAAUGUCACGGGUGCUUGCUGCCCCGCGGCUGAUGGCACUCGACUUGCAUGCUGUGACACCCCCUUGAUCUGA